AUAAUUUUUGGACAAUUAUAUGAAAAAUCUGUGUGACAAAUUACCAAAAAUGGAACCUGACUUACUAAAACAGGAAAGCAACUAUUACAAGGAAAAUGAAAAAUUGGAAAUGAAAACCAAAGAACUAAUGAUAAAAGUUAAUGAUGUUAUGAAAAUUCAAGAAAAUUUGAUGAAAGAAACGUUAAAAACCAAAAACGAAUUGGACUCUGUAAGAAAAUUCACAAUAAAAAAACCGCAAAAAUUAAAUGAAGCAAUUGAUAUUAAGGAUAAUUUGGACAUCCCCAAAUGCGUAGAUGACAUGGGGGUGAAAAACAUCUCCCACUUUUACAAGGCAAAACUAAAUGCGCUGCAAUGCGAAUUGCUGAGAAUUCAAAAAGAGUACAAUUUAAAAGCAGAGGAUGCCAAACAAUUAUUAAAAGAAAACAAGCAGUUAAAAGAGGAGAAAGAAAAGUGGUUUAAUUCUAAUACCAACGCUAAAAGUGCUGUAAAUAAAUUGGAGGCGCAAUUAUCUAAUGUCAAUUCCAAAUUUCAAGCAAAGGAGGGUGAAAAUAAGUCUCUGAAAAAGGAGAAUGAGAGUUUGAAAAAGGAAGUAAAAAGUUUACAUAGUACCAUAAGUAAUUUGGAGGUGAAAUAUAAUAGAGCUGUGGAGGAAACUGACAAAUUUAAAACGGAAUUAAAGCAAGCCAAAGAGAAUGAAAGGGAUAUAAAAGAUCAAUACAGGAAACAAGUUUUGGAUUUGGAAAAUUCUGCCAAAGAUAUAGAAAAAUACAAAUUAGAUUUGUUAAACGGUUUUAAAAAGCAAAUGCAACUAAUAGACAAUCUUAAAAAACAAAAGAUGCAUUUGGAAGCUUUAAAAGUUUCUGAAAUGUCACAGGAACAAUACCUGAAACUGCUAGACUGGAAACUAGAUUAAGUGCAUCUAUACCUACUUUAUUAGAGUUUGGGUGAUUUGUCAUUGAAAUAAAACAAUUGUAAAGAACA